AUGAGAAUUUUCAAUUUCCUCGCUGCAGUACUGCAGCUAGUAGCAGUGGCAGUACGGGCGGCAGAAACAGACCAAUCAAAAGCGAACAAUAGAAUAUUGUUAGAACGAGGACAGCCACAGACUGAUAGUAAUGGUGCGGCGGCGAUUGUGGUAACGGUGGUACAGACAGAGAAAGUUCAAGUGCAUGUUACUGAGACAUUACAUGCCACUGAUGUUUCGACUAAGGUUAUACACGUUACUGAACAAAUACAGGUGCAUGUUACUGAGACAUUGCAUGUUACAGAUGUCUCAACAGAAGUUAUGCACGUUACCGAAACACAGCCUAUAACGGAGACACAGCAUGUAACAAUCCACAAUACCGUUAUUGAAACCCUUCCACCAGUUCAUGUGACCGUAACAGAAUCUGCUACCGAAACACUUUUGCAUACUAUUGAGGUGGCUGUUCCGGUUGAGAAACUUGUCACCCAGACGGAUUUGAAGACUAUUGAAGUAAAGGUGACGGAGACAGCGGUGAAGACGAAGACAGAAGUGCAGGUUUCUCACAUCGUGCAGACGGAGAUUUUGACGCAAGAGAAGACGGCGACGGAGACCGCGACGGAGACCGCGACGGAGGUGGUUAAUAGGAUUGAGACGAAGCUGGCUACGGAGACUAAGCUUGCUACGGAGACGAAGGUGAUUGAAAGUCUUAAGACGGAGACGGCGACACAGGUUAUUCAUAGUGUUGCUACAGAGACGAAGCUAGCUACGGAGACUAAGCUUGCUACGAAGACGAAAGUGGUUGAGAGUGUGUCUACAGAGACGGCAACGCAGGUUAUUCAUAGUGUUGCGAUAGAGACCCAGAUUUCUACUGCGACAGAAUUGGCGACAGAAACUCAGGUUCAGAUCAUUCAUAGCAUUGCCACGGAGACAAAGUUGGCGACUGAGACGAAAGUUGUUAACAGCAUUGCAACAGAGACCGUUCACAGCACUGCCACGGUCGACAGAGUAUCGACUGAGGUUAUUCAAAGUAUCGCUACUGAGACUAAGUUAGCUACCGAAACUCAGAUUAUUCACAGCAUAGCCACAGAAACAAGGCUGGCAACUGAAACUAAGGUAGUUAACAGUGUUACUACUGAGACCGUCCAUAGCAUCGCGACAGCCACUGCUAUCGCUACAGUGGAUAAGAUCUUGACCGAAACAGCGACAAAAGUCAUUCACAGUAUCGCAACUGAGACAAAACUUGCAACGGAAACUCAGGUCUUGAGUACUGUCCUGACCGAAACUGUGGCCAGCGUCGCGACCGAAACACUCAUCACCACGGAAACCCAGUCGGCCGCAGAGUUUUCAACAAUUUAUAAGGUUAUUAGUCUCACCACAACUGUAUGCCCGACACCAACUGGCGGAGCUACGCACACCGUUAUAGUCGGAGGCGACGCGGGUCUUAUCUACACACCCUCAGAAAUCAUUGCUGAGGUCGGUGACGUCGUCAGUUUCGUCUUCAUGAAACAGAAUCACACAGUGACUCAAUCAACCUUUGGUACUCCAUGUAACAAAUUGGCAAUUGACGCAGCCGAUUCUGGCUUCCUGAGUAACAUCAACAACACAGUCGUUCCUGCGCCCACUUGGAACUACACUGUUACUUCGAAAGACCCCACAUGGUGGUAUUGUGCACAAACUACCCACUGUGGAAGGGGGAUGGUAUUUGCCAUAAAUCCCACCUGUGAAAAGACGUUCAAGGCAUUUCAAGAUGCCGCUAUCACCCUAAACGGAACACUAAGUUCCCCUCCUGCUGCUGCAAGCUCAACCUCGGCCGUCGCCGCCGCCGCGACCCAUAAUAUAAUUGUUGGCGGGGAGACAGGCCUUGUUUAUACCCCUUCGGAGAUUAUUGCUGCGGUCGGCGAUGUAGUACACUUCGUAUUCAUGAAGCAGAAUCAUACAGUUACUCAGUCCACCUUUGGCGCUCCAUGCAAUAAGAUAUCCGCGGAGGGAAUCGACUCAGGUUUUAUGAGUAAUAUUAAUGACACCAUUACUCCUGCGCCAACAUUUGAUUACACAGUUACAGCUACUGAGCCGACUUGGUGGUAUUGUGCACAAACUACCCACUGUGGGAAGGGAAUGGUAUUUGCCAUUAACCCAACUGCCGAGAAAACAUUCAAGGCAUUCCAAGACGCCGCCAUCGCACUGAACGGAACCGCCGCUACUACUACAACAGCAGCAGCAACAGAAUUAGUCACCACUACAGCCGCUGUAGUAACAGGUACUGCCGUUCCUGGUGCGGCGUGCGCUUGCCAGUGUUUAUGCCCGGCGGCUGCUUUCAAGGUCGCCGAAGCCAUCAAUCCUCCAGGUCUCCCAGCAAUACCCACACAGGUAGAGUCUACGAUGGCAACUGUAGUCAGAACCGGUUUUAUCAGUGCUAUUGCUCCGACGUCAAUCCUUAUUGCGGACCCGGUGUCGUCUAUUGCGGAGAGUUUGGUCUUGGAUACGAGCGUAUUAACAGCCGCCGAGAUUACUACCGCCGUAAUAGCAACUACAACAGCCUUAGAAUCCUCAUUAGAUCUUACAGUUCCUCUAGCAGCAGCAACAACAGCAGAAUUUAUUGCGAUUAAUUUUAGCACUGUGUCCCUGGGGGAUCUGCAAACGGAGUGGACGGGGAAGAUCGGACCGACACCGGCUUAA